AUGUUUUGGAAGGCCACUUCUGCGGACGUCGAGGCGGUCCAAACCAGCGGGAUUUGCAGGCUUGUCGACAGUCCCUGUAUGUCCUCCAGGAGAGGACCUAGUAUGCCGUCAUCCGAUAUGAGCAUGACGGAGGAAGCUGGGCCACAUGUCGGUGGAGGACGUGAGGCCGAGGAGAGAUUGAAUGCCUACGAUGUCAUCAGAGGCUGUGUUGUAGAUGAAGCACGGCACUUCAAAUCAACUGGAAUUGUUGUCUUCCUCUGUGCCUUCCAACGGGUGCAAAAUGGCUCUAGCAUCUCUAUUCCAAACUCUCUCUGCGACAUGCGACCAGUCACAUCGGAGAGUCCGGACGAUGGGAGGAGCUGGGUGUGUGCAAGUGCUUUAUGGUAUCAGGAGGAAAUGCGAAUUCGGCCGUCAAGAUAUGUGGUGGUCCGGUUGUGUAGUGGAACCGUGCGUAGUGAGACAGUGUUGUGGUAUUCGGGUUUUUUAUCUGCUCGGUUAAUGUCAGUCACAUACAAUCUCCUACAGCAGCUUUAUUUCUACCUUCACUUUUCCAAUCUCAACCCCCGCACAUUCUGCAACAGCACGUUAUUGUCCGGUCGGCUCUUCGGAUCUAUGACGUACAACAUCAAUAUUUAUAUGUGCGCAAGCUACGUCAGGUACACGUACCCAUUCUCACAUGAGGCAUGUCAUCGAGGUCCCGUCCUCUACGCUCAGAUCAACGGGAACACGGCAUUUGAAGCGACGCCCAACUUCGCUUGGGCAGAUACUUCUGGAUUGUCCCCGUUUCUGCACCGCCAAUUGAUAGUCUUCGCGCAAGAUGCCCCGCAACGCAUUCACGAAUUCUAUCAGGGAGGCCACAGCACCUUUAUCGGGGGUUUCGGAGGCAAGGAACGCAAGUUCGAUUGCAAAGAGAGUGGUAGGAUGCGCUAA